AUCCACAACUUCAUUGGACCUACUGUAGGUACGCUUUCUCUUUUCUCCUUUUGCAGACCUUUGCUUAGGUUUUGUCAUUCUAGUUCAAAUGAGUGUUGUACUCAUAAACACUCGACUACGAGCCGGAGCCUCGGUAUGCCGGUCAUGUCACCGUAGCUUCCAGUCCGUCGCACCUCGACCUUUGCAAGGAUCUGCUUUGCGGAAUUCAGACGACAAUAAAACCCAGAGCGAUGCUGAGCCUUCAAAAACUGUGCAAAUUGGACUUACCAACGAACAGAUUCCUUACCGCCUCGUCAGGCUUGUCGAUCCCGACACGAAUAGACUACACCCUCCAGCUGGGUUGGCGACACUACUAGCCGUCAUGGAUCGUAAAACAUGCCAAUUAUCUCUGGUUGGCACCAGUCCGGAGCCACUUGUUAAGCUCGUUAAGAGCGCGGAAAUGUACAAGAAACACAAGGAGGAGCAGAAGCAAAAGAAGGCGGUUUUGAAGAGUAUGGAAGAGAAGGAGAUCCAGAUGACGUGGGGCGUCGAUCCUCAUGACUUCCGUACCAAACUCAAGCAGGCCCGCCGCGAACUGAGGAGAGGACUCAGAGUCAGCCUUGUCUUUGCACCGAGGAAGGGACAACCGUGGCUGAACAGCGAUGGAAUGGCUGUGAAGGUGCAGGAAACCGUUGACCAGCUGUUGGAUGCAGGCAAAGAGUGGAAGCCAAGAGAUAUCCAAAAGGCUACUACCAUCGUCUACCUUCAAGGCGAGAAAAAGACAGACGGCACGCCGGGUACAGAGGAUGACGACUAGAAUGCAUAUUAUAUACCCAUCGACUAAUUACAGACCAGUCAUCCGUAUACUGCAACAUCCUAAUAUACAUUGGCACUACUAUUAUUUC